AUGGGAGUAUCGCAGCUCUCAAAUCCUCCAUCGUCAGUCGGGGUGGGGUGUGGGCUCGUGCUCAGUUGCUCAGCCAUUAAACUGACCAAGCUCGAGCACGGCAGCGCGUGUGUGACGGGAGAGGCCAUUCACCUGCUCAGACUGUGGAAGGGAUUCACUUGCUCAACCAAACUGAAGGUAUAUCAGCGAGUUCACACUGGAGAGAGGCCAUUCUCCUGCUCGUUGUGUGGGAAGGUAUUCACACAGUUAGCUAGCCUACAAGCACACCAGUCAGUUCACACUGCGGACAGGCCAUUCACCUGCUCAAACUGUGGGAAGGGAUUCACUUUGUCAUCUCAACUGAAGUUACAUCAGCGAGUUCACACAGGGGAGAGGCCGUUCGCCUGCUCAGUCUGUGGGAAGGGAUUCAUUAGGUCAUCUCAACUGAAGGGACAUCAGCGAGUUCACACUGGGCAGAGGCCAUUCACCUGCUCAGACAAUGGGAAGGCAUUCACUGAAUCAUCUCAACUGAAGGUACAUCAGCGAGUUCACACUGGAGAGAGGCCAUUCUCCUGCUCAGACUGUGGGAAGGGAUUCGCACAGUUAUCUAGCCUACAAGUACACCAGUCAGUUCACACUGGGGAGAGGCCGUUCAUCUGCUCAGAGUGUGCGAAGGGAUUCACUCGGUCAUCUGAACUGAAGGUACAUCGGCGAGUUCACACUGGAGAGAAGCCUUUCACUUGCUCAGACUGUAUGAAGGGAUUCACUUCGUCAUCUCAAUUGAAGGUACAUCAGCGAGUUCACGCAGGGGAGAGGCCGUUCACCUGCUCAGUCUGUGGAAAGGGAUUCUUAGGUCAUUUAAUCUGA